AGGGGGCGGAGGGAGAGAGAUAGAGAGAGAGAGAGAGAGAUCCUUAGAAGAAGGUGCCCCCACCGUUUCCCCUUUUUUUCUUGAAGAAUAAGCCCUCAGCUGGAAGGAUUUCUAAAAACAAAUGUACCUUCAAAAUGAAAUGUGCCUGGGAGCAGAGCCGAUAUUCAGAAAGUAUUUUUACUAAUGAAAAAUCUUAGGUCAGAUGAAAGAUGAAGAUGACAGCAUCCAGAACUUGCUAAAACAGAACUCUAGACUUAAUAAUGUCUAAAUUGAAAGCAACCAAGUCCAUUAUUGCUAAGGUCAAAGAAAUGUUUCCCUAACUGAGACAUCUCCUGGGAACAUAAGGAAGAUUCAAAUGCAGAGGAAUUAUACCUGGAACGUUGAUUAGGAUGACUGAAAAAGCUCCUUCUAAUCUGUUGUUAAGAAACAGGAACAAAAGAUCAGGAAAAAAAUAUUUCAGCAGUAACACUAGUGUAGUCUGAAACCAAUUAGAAAAAGAAUUAUCAAGGGAAAUGAAAAAUACACAGCAAGCCAAAAAGGUGCCACGCAUGCCCACAAAGGGGAUGGGUCAUUCCAGAGGAUGGGUAGUGGCGGGCAGGAGAAGGCACCUGUGGAUUGUGAUUAACAACAGCAGCAGAAGCCGAAAGAAAGUAGAUAAGCUGUUGGACAGAGACCAGAAACUGGCAUCCUGCACAGCAGAGGACACAGACUGGUCUGAGCCAUGGAUAAUAGGUCUUGUAGUUUUCCAUGUUGUCUGCUUAUUUCUCACUUACCUUUCAUUCCGGCAUUAUCGCCUGCAAAUAGGGCAUUUUCUCUCCAUCAUGCUCCUGGUGUUUUGUGCAGAAUAUAUCAAUGAAGUGGCAGCUGAAAACUGGAGGUUGUUCUCUAAACACCAGUACUUUGAUUCCAGAGGAAUGUUCAUCUCCUUAGUGUUCUCAACACCAUUGCUUCUGAAUGGUAUUGUCAUAGUGAUUGCUUGGGUUUCUAAAAUGUUGAAUGUAAUGACAGAACUAAAGGCAGCACAGCAAAGAAGGAAAGCAAGAAGAGAAAAUAAGAAAACGGAAUGAAUCCUAUUUUGUCCUUCUGUAAUAAUGUACUUGGAAGCUGUCAUACUAUCCAUAAUAUGCGGCACCCAUAAUAACACUAAGGCAGACAGAAGAUGUUCCACUCUUGCAUGGAGGCGGUGGGGGGUGACCUUUACCAACCCCUCCUUCUCAAGGAGCCCCCGUGCUCCUUGAAAGAGCAAAUGUUGCCCCUCCCCUGUUGAAUGUGUUCUGUUAAUGCAGGGGUCCCAAAUCUGCGGCCCUCCAGAUGCUGCUGAACUACAAUUCCCAUCACUCCCAGCUACAACCUUUUGUGGCUGUGGUGAUGAGAAUUGUAGUUCAGCAGCAUCUGGAGGGCCGCAGAUUGGGGACCCCUGUGUUAAUGGAAGUGUGACAUGGAUGCUGCCCACCUUGAUGAUGGGAGGGGUCAGAUUUUGGGCUCUCACUGAUAAGUCAUUCCAAAUUAGGCUGUUGGUCACUAUAUAAACUAAUUUGUUCUGAGCCACUAGUAAAGCACAUGGUUUGAUAUGGUGAAUUUGAGAUUUCCUGUAUAUGAACUAAAUAUGCUUUAACAGUGUAGUUAUUGAGGGGUUGAUCCUUCAUUCAAGUUAAUGAUGGACUCUUUGCAGUAACUGUGCCAAAAUGCUAAUCGGAUACGCAAUAUUUUAAAGUUAUUAUUAUUGCCAUAGCUCUUCCAUUUCCUACCAGUUGAUGUUAAACCUGAAGCACAUGGGUGCUCUUUCACAAAAAUGGCUAACUGCAUGGCAGCCACACCAGUAUUUCCAUUAUGGCAACUAUUCUACAACUAUAACUCAUAAAUUGGACCUUGAUAUAUCAUUUUGCUAUGUAAAGCAACAGAAGCUGUGACUCUAAGCAUAUUUGUUUGAAUGAUAGUUUCUUGAACUUCCUGGAUCCCCACCCCCACCCCCAUGCACUUGUAUCUGUUGUGUAAAUUAACAUUGUAUAUUAUUGUAUGUGGAAUUACAUCUGUUUUUACAA